GGUAUAUUUAUUACAUUUACUUAAAAAUGGCAAAUCCAAAUGUUGAAAUUUUAUAUAAUCAGAUAUUUAUCAACAAUAAUUUUGUAAACUCAGUAAGUGGGAAAACAUUUCAGACUAUCAAUCCUGCAAAUAAAAACAAAAUUAUUGAUGUUGCCGAAGCAGAUAAAGAUGAUGUUGAUUUGGCAGUUAAUGCAGCAAAAACUGCAUUUCAGUCAGAUUCUGAGUGGCGUAAAAUGGACGCAUCUGCUCGAGGACAAUUGAUGUAUAAAUUAUCAGAAUUAAUUGAUAAACAUAAAAUUCAUUUGGCAAAUUUAGAGUCUUUAGAUAAUGGCAAACCGUUUAGCGACUCACUAUUGGAUAUACAAAUGGCUGUUUCAACUCUUCAAUAUUAUGCUGGAUUUGUUGAUAAAAUUCAUGGAAAGACUAUUCCAGCGGAUGGGCCAUAUUUUGCAUUCACUAAACGUCAACCUGUUGGAGUUGUUGGACAAAUUAUACCUUGGAAUUAUCCAAUUUUAAUGCUGGCAUGGAAAUGGGGACCAGCUCUUGCUACUGGGUGUACAAUUGUACUGAAACCAGCAGAACAAACUCCUCUCACUGCUCUACAUGUAGCUGCACUAUCAAAAGAAGCAGGAUUUCCUGAUGGAGUCAUUAACGUUGUACCUGGAUAUGGUCCGACUGCGGGUAAAGCUAUAGCUUGCCAUCAAGACAUAAAUAAAGUGGCAUUUACUGGAUCAACAGAAGUUGGAAAAUUAAUCAUGGAAGAAGCUGCCAAGUCAAAUUUAAAACGUGUAUCAUUAGAAUUAGGUGGUAAAAGUCCUUUAGUGAUAUUCGAUGAUUUUGAUGUUGACGAAGCUGCUAAGAUUGCUCAUGAUGCUAUAUUUGCCAACAUGGGUCAAAAUUGUUGUGCUGGUUCUAGAACAUUUGUUCAAGAAGGUAUCUAUGAAAAAUUUGUUGAAAAAGCUGCCUACUUAGCAUCCCAAAAGAAAGUUGGAGACCAAUUUGAUGUUGAUACACAAAUAGGACCUUUGGUGAACGAAGAGCAAUACAACAAAGUUUUGAGUAUGAUUGAAUCUGGUAAAGCGGAAGGAGCCAAAGUAGAAGCGGGUGGAUCAAAAGUAGGUGAUACUGGAUAUUUUGUGUAUCCCACUGUAUUCUCAAAUGUGACUGAUAAUAUGAAAAUUGCUAAAGAAGAAAUUUUUGGGCCAGUCCAGCAGAUUAUUAAAUUUAAAACUUUGGAUGAAGUGAUAAAACGUGCAAACGACACUAAAUAUGGAUUAGCUGCUGGAGUAUUAACUAACAAUUUAAAUUCUGCAAUGAAGUUUAUAGAUGAUGUUAAUGCUGGUUCAGUAUGGGUUAAUUGUUAUGAUGCUAUUAGUGUCCAAUGUCCAUUUGGAGGAUUUAAACAGUCCGGACAAGGAAGAGAAUUAGGAGAAGAUGGUCUAAAGGAAUACUUGGAAUUAAAAGCCGUCACAAUCAGAAAGAACAAUUUUUAAUACUAUUAAAAAGAGAACCGCACUGUUAUAUAAUAGAUGAUAAUAGAUGUACCUUGUCAUUGAGGAAUUGAAGAUAUAACACUUAAUAUGUCUGUAAAAUUUAAAUUCAAUAAUUUCAAUGGAUACGAUGAAUAAAGAUUCUAUGAGAAGACGUUCAAACAUUUUGGUAAUUAUGGUUACCAAACAGUUAUAAUAACAAUUUUUGCCUCUUGAAAUGUAUUUGCCUAUACAGAGCACACAUAGAACACCCUGCCAAUUUUUUUUUUAGUUUUUUAAACUUAAGCUAAUCUUUUUAUAUAUUAAUUAUCAACUAUCCCUGGUGUUUUUUGAAUAAACAUUCACUUAUAUGUUA